AUGUCGUUAUCAAAAAGUUCACAAAAUACGGGACAAGUUGAAAAACCUUGUGAAGUAUGCGAAGUAAGUUACCAGAUACAGUGGAAGUGUUUUGAUUGCAAGCGAUAUAUGUGUAGUGCCUGCAAAGAAACGAUCCAUCCAAAAUUUAAACAUGCUGACAAGCACAAAAUUAUAAAAACAAAAGAUAUAACCUCAGAAGAUUUGGAGGAAAAGCCUGAUCUGACGUCCAUUAGCUGCACAGUCCAUGAUGGCAAACUAUGCUGUCUUUACUGUAAGGACUGUGAAGAAGCUAUUUGUUCUCUUUGUGUUACAGAAACGCACAACAAGCAUACCAUGACUGAAUUAAGUGACGGAUAUGAUACUUGCAUUGAAACACUUAAACGGUUCACCACAACUAUUAACAAGAUUAACAAAAGAAUUGAAUGCAUUACGUUAGUAGAAAAGAUUAGAUAUGAAGACGGGAAAAGGAAAAUGCUGAUGCAAGAAAAAGAACUUAUCAAAGCCAUUCAAAGUAAAACAAAGAUACUAAGCAGGGAAUUUGAAAGACAAUGGGAUAAGUUCAAAGACAUCAUCAGUGAAAGGAAAGCGGCUUGUGUAGAAAUUGAAACUAAAGGUAGCAGAUUAAAAUCAGCUGUCAAUGCAGCAGACGCAAAUGAAACAUUCAGAGUUGCAAAAAGAGCAAAUUACAUAUUUUCGGCUGAGGAAAUGACAAGAAUCAGUACUGCCAUUGAACGUCCACACAGUUUUGUUCCCAGAUUGAUUUCGACAACGUCCAUUGAACUGAUUCAUGGGUGGCUAAAGAUGGGUCACAAAAAACCAGUAGUUGUGGCUAUCGAAAUCGGAACAAAUAAAAUCAGUACUGCUUACUUGGAAAGAAGAAGUUAUGAGAUUUAUAUUAGUAACGGUGAAAGUAGUCCUACCGACGUUAAUACGGGCAUGAUGGAAGUGUGGUUGAACGAUGAAAAUCGUGUUAGACUGGAUGCGUGUGUCUUAUUGCAACCAAAUAGAUUAGUCCAUUCUAUCGGAUACAGAGCGUUAUGCAACUAUAACGAAAAUGCCGAAAAUUUGACUGACUGGUACCUUUUUGAAAACUUGGGGGAAACGCUUGACAGAGAAAAGAAUGGAUUUUCAAAUGACACUUUGCUAGCAGAAUCAAGGAGUUAUACGGGAUGUAAAGUAAAGAAAAUGAAAGCUUUGGAUGUUUUUGCAGCUCUUAUUAGUUACAUCAAAGGAAAUAUUAUACUACAAAAAAUCAAAGAAAAAAACAUCAGUAUUGAGGAUAUGUAUUGGGUGAUAACUAUACCAAACAUCACAGCAGAACAGUUUAUUCGUGAUGCUGUAACGAUGGCAGAUAUUUCAAAUGAGGAUAUGACUAUCAUUCGUGAAGCGGAUGCUCUCUCUGAAUUAUGUGUAAUCAAAGAACCAUCAUUGAAAGGCAUGGUACCACAGACAGAGACAUAUCAGCAAUGUUUGAUGUUUGAUCUAGGAGACGGAAAGACAGACAUUACUUUGAUGGACAUUACUGGGCCAAGAUUUGUGAAAGAAAUAUAUCGCGGAGAUACCUGGAAAGGGAAUGCAUUGGUUUGCGAGGAGAUUUUCUCCAUUUUGAAUCAGAUGUUAGGUCUGGAUGUCGUAAGUCUUCUCAAAGAAGAACUAGAAUACUUUGAUUUUAUAUACAAUAUGGAAUUUAAAAUAAAAAACUUUAAGUCAGAAAGCACUGAGAAGAUUACUUUCAAAUUUCCCUGUUGCUCUUUGAAAGAACGGCUAACUGAACCACUACAAGAAAUUGUACGUCAUUCAAGAUUCAACAAACAUGUCUCAUUUGUCGGGGACAAGUUCAGAUUCACUGCACCUUUCUUUAGAUCAUUAUGUGAGAGUGCAAUAAAUUAUGCUUCAGGAAUACUUGAUCAAUGUAUUUCUGCAAUCACCGAGGAAUACAUUUCCGAAAGAAGGACAUUAUUUGUUUUUGGGGAUUGUUCGAAAUCACCCAUUUUUAUGGAUGUUGUUAAAGAAAAAUUUGGACCAUUAAUUGAAGUAAGUGUCCCAAAUGUAAGCAUUCCAGUGUUGACUGGAGCGCUAUUUUGUGGCUUUCAGUAA